AGCUCAGCUCAAGCAGUUGCAGAAACGGUUCAGAGUUUAGAGAGCGAGAACCUCAGUAGCUUACAUACAUACAUACACACACACACACACACAGAUACCUGAUCAGACAGGACGACAAAAAUGUAAUGGUGUGACGCAAACGAUUUUUUUUUUCUUCGGAAGGGGUCUUUCAUAUCGAUGCCAUUGGCCGAGGCGCCCGCAGUGUCUCCCACAGGAAAAAGAUGAUCAGGAUGUCAUUGGACAAAGAGACUGUUCUACCGCGUGAUGGGCGGGGCGACGCUGCUGUCCCAGAAGGCCCUGCAUCAGGAGGAGGGGGGGGAGUGGACAGGGUGGGUGGGGUAAUGAUGUCCCCUCACCCUCCCUGUCUGGGACCAACCGGAUUCACCGGAAGUUUGGUUCUAACGGAACAGCCACAUCCCCACGGCCCCAAAACAAGAAGUACACACCCCCUAAAGACCAAAAACGGCCUUCAGCCCCUCCACAACAACCCCCAGGUCUUCCCUCCAGGACAGCAGCAGCGAAUGGGGAAGCGGCGCUACUCCCUGGGCGGCAGCUUCAAGCACCCGGGCUUCGGGAAGCGCCGUCGCCGCGCCAACAGUGACAGUCAAUCAGACCCCGUCCUUCCCUCCAACUUCCUGUUGGGCGGGAACAUUUUCGACCCGCUGAACCUCAAUUCUCUAAUGGAUGAGGAGGUGAGCCGCACACUGAACGCCGAGACACCUAAGUCCUCGCCCCUACCGGCCCGGGCCAGAGACCCUGUAGAGAUCCUGGUACCGCGUGACAUCACAGACCCCCUGAACCUGAAGAGUGGGGGAGGAGAGGGGGAGGAGGGGGGAGGGGUGCUGGUCUCCCCCAUGAAAAACAGGAAGAGACACCGCAACCGUCACCACGGAGGAGGAGGAGGAGUGGGGGCGCAGCCUGAACCCCCCACACAGGCUGAGGGGUCAAAGGUAGAAGCUGGCGGUGAUUCGGGGACAGGAGGUGAGGUGUUGGCUCUGUUCCCUGCCAGCGUCAGUGUUACUGGUGAGCUAGCUGCAGUACCGGAGGCUCCCAGAGAGGGCCUCUCUGGAAGCACAGUGCCACAGUCUCCUCUGCCCUACGAACUCAACACCACCAUCAACUGUCGGGAUGAGGUAGUUCCGCCCAUUCUGCCCCGGAGACACACCCACCCGCCACUUGGCUCCACCUCUAAACCCCGUCCCCAUGGCGACGGAGGCCAUCGGCAGCGUAAACGGCGGCGUACCACCUCAACAAGAUCUGACCAUUCGUCGGUUACUCCGACCCCCGCCCUCACCACUGCCCCACCCAACACCUUCCACACCCCCCUGGUGCCAGGAUCAGGCCUCAGAGGUCAGAGGUCAGGGUCAGUGGUGGGAGGUCAGCAACAGCCCCAGAGUUCCUUCCGCCUCAAACCCCAGAAGAAGAAAAACAGGUUCCAGCACGGCAACUACAGCCGUUAUUACGGCUACCACGGUUACUAUGGUUACCGUGAUGGGCAGGUGGGGCGGUUUGAGGACCCUCGUCUGGGCCUGCUUCGACCCGAUUGGUUCAGAGGGAAGACAGUGCUGGACAUUGGCUGCAGCACCGGUCAUCUGACCCUGGCUAUCGCACGCCACUUUAACCCGGCCCACAUCCUAGGUAUUGAUGUGGACGGGCGGCUGGUGCACGCCGCUAGGCAGAACAUUCGCCAUUUCCUGUCCGAACGACUCACACAGGAUGCCAGGGGUAGAGAGGAGGGGAUAGGGGAGAGAGGGGGAGAAAGUAAACAGACAGCUGAGCAGAGUGAAGGAAGAACACAGAGCGGAACUAAGAUGGCGUCCGGUACGGCUGAGAAGAAGAUGGAGGAGGAGGGCCAGAACGAGGAGUGUAGCGCUCUAGAGGAACUGAAGAGAACCCUGACGUUGCUGUCGCCCUCGAGUGGCUCCCGGGGUGUAGGUCGCCCUCUCCCUCCGUUCCCCCUCUCCUUCAGGGUGUGUCGGGGUCCCAUGGCUGCUCCCCCCCUCUUCCCCCUCCACCCUGGCCCAUGGAACACCUGGAACAUUCCCCAACAACGUCUCCUUCAUAACGGCCCCACCCACCACCUGAGCUUUGCCACCUCCAUCAGACUGGACCGGCCCCAGCCUACUACCCCACACCAGACCCCCACCUCCAUCAGACUGGACCGGGCCCAGUCUACUAACCCACACCAGACCCCCACCUCCAUCAGGCUGGACCGGCCGCAGCCUACUACCCCACACCAGACCCCCACCUCCAUCAGACUGGACCGGGCCCAGUCUACUAACCCACACCAGACCCCCACCUCCAUCAGGCUGGACCGGGCCCAGUCUACUACCCCACACCACACCCCCACCUCCAUCAGGCUGGACCGGGCCCAGUCUACUAACCCACACCAGACCCCCACCUCCAUCAGGCUGGACCGGGCCCAGUCUACUACCCCACACCAGACCCCCACCUCUACCAGACUGGACCGGCCCCAGCCUACUACCCCACACCAGACCAGAGAGGACAACCCAGGGCCCAGAACUGGCUCCCCUCCACUCCACAGGGCCCAACAGCAGGAGCAGCGGUCUGUGUACAUGGAGGUGUUCAGCUCAGUAACCCAUACCUCUAACAGAGCCAGCCUGUCUCUCAGCAGUCUGGAGGUGGUGUGGCUGGGGGGCUGCUCCUUCAGCUCAGGUGAUUACAUGGAGGACCGAGAACUAUGUCCCCAUGGUGACGACGUCACCGCAGGAUAUGAUGUCAUCCUGUGUCUGGGCGUGACCAAGUGGGUCCAACUGCACGGUGGCGACGGGGGCGUGGUCAGAAUGUUCAGACAGAUCUAUACACACCUACGACCAGGUGGCAUUCUCCUCCUGGAACCACAACCCUGGAGCUCCUACUGCCGCAGCAAGAACAUCACGGAGACGACGUACAGGAACUACUGCGAUAUCAGACUGAGACCUGACAACUUCUGUUGUUACCUCACCUCUACUGUGGGCUUCACCUGUUACAGACUACUGACUGAUACAGGAUUCCAGAGGCCAAUCUACCUGUUCCACAAAGGCCCCGCCCCCAGGAAGUGACUGGGUCAAGAUAUGACACUUGAGUGCCGAAGCACCGCAGGAAGUGGACCGCUGCCGAGAGCGCUGCCUGGCUCCAUGGAAACAACCGCCCAGCUGAUUGGUGGACGCUCACCACUACCUGAACUCUGGUGGACGCUCAAACCGUGAUUGGAUGAGAGUAGCUUCUAAUGACUCGUAACUGAUUGAUCAGUCAGGCAGACUGACAAAACUAUUAAUCAAUGAUUAGUGAGUCAGCCAGACUGACUGACCAAACUAUUAACAGACUGAACUAGAGACUUGUAAAACCACACAGUUCACGGCCAGGGGACCCUCCUAUCUCUCUCCCCUCAGUCAACUGUCUACUGAGACGUGGCGUCCUGGUUGAGCCCUCUGCAGAGCCAGUUUCACCCUCUCUGAUUCAACCCCACUGAAUGAACAGGGAGACUGGAGGAGGAAGUAGAAACUAGAACCACAAGGAGCCAAGCGGGGCCUGAGUGUGUGUCUGCCAGUUCUUCUCCAGUGUGUGUACGAGGAGGCAUGUUAUUAUAUAUGUGUGUGUGUGUUUCUGUGUGUAUGAGGGAGGUUGUAAUUGUGUGUGUGUGUGUGUGUAUGAGGGAGGUUGUAAUUGUGUGUGUGUGUGUGUGUGUGUGUGUGUGUGUGUGUGUGUGUGUGUGUGUGUGUGUGUGUGUGUGUGUGUGUGUGUGUGUGUGUGUGUGUGUGUGUGUGUGUGUGUGUGUGUGUGUCAUUAACAAGCUGAUGUUUCUUUAUAAAAGUGUUCUUCCUAGUGUGUGUUCUGAGAGGUGGGACUUCCUCCCUGCCUAAUGAGGUCAUUUCCUUCCAGACUCAUCCAUGUUUUAAACAGUAACCUGCUACAAUAAACUGUCUUCUUCUGA